UGGCCCGAUUUAGAAAUAGAGAGAGAGAGAGAGAGAGAGAGUCGUGGUCUUCUGCUUAAUCGGAUGGUCCGAUCGCAUGGCGGACCCUCCUCCGUCUCGUCAGCCUCCCUCGGACCUGGGGUGGUUCUAGUGGCAUGCAAAGAAGCAUGGAUAACCAAAGCCCAUCAGUUUGCUUCUUUUUCUCUUGCGAAGCAACUCAAGAAAAAAAUUGGUCACCAAGAAGCACAUUACAAUCUACAUUGGUGCUCCAUGCAAAAAGAAGUUAUGAUGUUGAUGGAAUUUGUCCAUUUUGGGAUGGCUAGAGAUAACAGGUUGUUGGUUUUUUGGAGUCAAACAGGUGGAGAACAAGAAAUUCACUUGCCCUUGGUUCCAGUCCAUAUUGUAACUAAUGCAUGUCAACUUCCACCUGAGUUCUUGGAGCCUUCACCUGAGAGGAAAUUGGUGAUUGGUUUUGACUGUGAAGGUGUAGAUCUUUGUCGCAAUGGAUCACUUUGUAUCAUGCAGCUUGCCUUUCCAGAUGCUAUAUAUUUGGUUGAUGCAAUAGAAGGAGGAGAGAUGCUUAUGAAAGCCUGUAAGGCAGCACUUGAGUCUAGUAACGUCACUAAAGUUGUUCAUGACUGCAAGCGAGAUAGUGAGGCGCUGUAUUAUCAAUUUGGCAUCAAGUUGGCCAAUGUUGUGGAUACACAGAUUGCUUAUUCUCUGAUUGAGGAGCAAGAAGGAAGGAAAAGGAUGAUAGAUGACUACAUAUCAUUUGUUGACCUCCUCCGAGAUCCACGCUAUUGUGGUGUCUCUUAUAAUGAGAAGCAAGAAGUCCGUGUCCUUCUGAGGCAGGAUCCUAAUUUUUGGACAUACAGACCAUUAUCUGAACUGAUGGUCCGUGCAGCUGCAGAUGAUGUUCGUUUUCUUCUUGUUAUACACCACAAGUUUAUGGAGAAAUUGAAUGAAAGAUCCCUGUGGUAUCUUGCAGUUCGUAGUGCACUGUAUUGUCGAUGUUUCUGCUACAUUGAUAAUGCUUAUGCUGAUUGGCCACCUCUUCCACCAAUUCCAGAAACUCUUAUUGCAAAAGGGAAUCUCCCAGAGGAGGAAAUUCUGUCAGUCUUGAAUGUUCCCCCAGGAAAAAUGGGGCGUGUUAUCGGAAGAAAAGGAUCUUCCAUCUUGUCCAUAAAGGAGUCUUGCAAUGCUGAAAUACUCAUUGGAGGCGCUAAGGGUCCACCUGACAAGGUUUUCAUCAUAGGACCAGUGAAGCAGGUCAGGAAGGCUGAAGCAAUGCUGAGAGGAAGACUGAUGGAAAUGUACUAAGAAGUCAAUCUGUUUCCCUUCUCUUUCUUUUACCUGAUCUUCCUAGUAAUAGACCUGAAAUUGGAUAUUAGUCCUGCUCGCUCUUAUAGAAUUCCCAGCCCUGUGAACUGUUGGCCCAGCCCUGUGAGCUGUUGGCUGUUGCAACAUUUCUGUAUAUAUAGACAGACAGGGUUGGUUUAGGCAAUAGUUGCCUUCUAUCCUCCCCUUCUGCUUUGGCGAGAUUGCAAAUCUGAUCUGUUUGGCCUGAUC